CUUUUUUACGGGAUGGUCUCUCUUCUUCUCAACAAGACCCCUUGAUGAGCCUUAAGCUUCUUUCGAUUCAUCAGAUCGUCUCCUUUCCUCCGAAUCUCUCACCAUCAACAAACCCUCUAUUCAUCUUCCUCCAAAUCACCAACCGCCUCCUCCUCUCUCCCUCUAUUUAUCUGUUUCGUCCGAUUGCGAUUUUUCGUCUACAUGCAGUUUUGGGGAUAGUGUACGUGCGAUUAAUCCAACACUCUCUUGGUCUCGAUGGAAGGAGAGAUGGAGAUGAUGGCUAAGGUGAAGAGGGAGAAGGUGGUGGCAUGCAUGACUUGUUCUCUCUGCGACAACCUCCUCCGUGACGCCACCACUAUCUCCGAGUGCCUUCACACCUUUUGUAGAAAAUGCAUAUAUGAGAAAAUCACAGAGGAUGAGAUAGAGUGCUGUCCGGUAUGCGAUAUUGACCUCGGGGGUACCCCGCUGGAGAAACUAAGGCCCGACCACAUUUUGCAAGACCUGAGAGCUAAAAUAUUUCCUCUAAAACGAAAAAGAGACAAGGAUCUUGAAAUCACAUUACCUGCAAGGAGGAAAGAGAGGUCUAUCUCGUCUUUGGUGGUGAACACACCUAGGCUUUCAGCACAAACUGGCACAACAGGGAAAAGAACAACAAAGUCUCUCAUGAGAAAAGAUGUACGUGGUAGUAGUGGUUCAUUCACUAAGAGAGGUGUGAAGAAGGAAGAAGAUCAUCAUACAGAGAGCGCAAGCUCCCCUGAAACACUUAAAAAGUUCACUCAGAAGAAAAGGCAGUCGUCAUAUGCAGAGGCUAAUCAGUCCCUAUCUAAUCGAAGAAACAAGGAUGUUGCUGAACCUUGGGAUUCCUUGCAUCUUAUAAAUUUUCUUGUGGAUGUGGCAAACGGCACAAAGCCCUCAUCUAGCUCUCAAGGGUUGGACCCAAACUCUGAGCACGGAAACGCAUCUCACAGUGACGUUCUGGGGAAUAAAACCAAAACAAAGGAUAAUAAACGAAAGUGUAAGCUUGAGGAAGAGAUCACCACUAAUGGUGAUCCUACAACAACGGAAGCUGGUACAGUUAAAAGAACACGAAGGACUCGCCGUAAAAGGUCAUCCGCUUUUGGUGAUCCAAGAACUCCACCACUACCAGAUGCAGAAAGUCUGAAACAGGAGAGGAGGAAUGGUCCGGUUUGGUUCUCACUCGUGGCUUCAAACAAUCAGGAAGGAGAAACAUCACUGCCACAGAUUCCAGCAAACUACUUGAGAAUAAGGGAUGGAAAUAUUCCAGUUUCUUUUAUCCAAAAGUACCUCAUGAGGAAGCUUGAGCUCAAGAGUGAAACUGAGGUAGAGAUAAGAUGUAUGGGAGAACCGGUGAUCCCAACGUUGCAGCUUCACAGCUUAGUGGAGCUAUGGUUGCAGACAACAACUUCUAAACAUGAAAGAGUCACUGCAUCGAUAGGUUCCUCUGCAAAGGAGUUUGUAAUGGUGCUAGUUUAUGCUCGGAAGCUCCCUGAAUGCAACAACUAAAAAGAACUGUUCAAGACUCUUAUGCAGAAGAAAACAAGAUUAGUCAUCUUCUUAAUUGAUUCAGCUCAAGACCGAGAGAGGAAGACGUUAAGUGCAGGAGCAGUCGAAUGUGUUGUCUAGUUUAGUAAUAAAAUUAUAAGUUUUUUUUUCUUUGUGAUCUUAAAAUGAAUGAUUGGUGAGACGGACUUUGUUUGUCUAAAGAAUAUUCAAAAUAGUGUUACAAAGGAGAUUGUGUCCUUUUUGGACGUUUGAAUGUCUUCAUUAGAUAGGAGGAUAAUGUUUGUUGUCAUUUCUAUGAAUAUUUGUUUCAAUUA